AAGGCCAAAGGAGAAAGUAACAAAAAUUUUGGAAUUCUUGUGCAUGGUGUCAACGAAUGCAAAGAGAGCGAGAAUGUCCGUAUGAACUUCAAAAUAAGGGUCCCCCACUCCUCCUUUCUCUUCCGUCCUUCCAUCCUUUCACAUCUGAAACCCUCAAAAAAGCAAAAGUUAUGUAUCCACCAUUUUUGAAUAAAGUUAAAACUCAUGAGAUUCUUGUUUCAGACUGCCACCACUUUCGACUUUCAAAUCCUUCAUUCUCCCACUCUCUCUUCUUUUCUUAAACAGUGGGAAAUUUUUUACUCUUCUUUUAUGUUUGUACACUCCAAAUACCCAUCAUUCCAAACACCCCCUUUUCCUCACUUCCCUAUGACUCAAAGAAUGUGAUAAAGAAAAGGGAGAGAGACUCCAAAUGUUCCAUUUGUCUCUUCAAUCUUAUACCAAUUGACCCAUAUCUUCACUUUUUAUACUAUUUCCUUAUAGUAGUAUAUUCAGUCUUUUUUUCCCUUUUCCUUCAACCCCCUUCUAUACUUCUUUAAACAAUCAGAAAAGAGAACAAAAUCCCACUUGGGGUUUUUUAAUUUCCCCCUUUUGCUUUUGUUUUCCUUCCCUUUGAACCAUUUUUAGUAUUUUUGAUGUUUGAUUGAAAUGGGUGGGGGAGGAAGAGUGGAGGUGGUAAGCAGCAAAGGGUGUUCAAAGCUGUUAGUAGAUUUGUCCUCUUCAUUCAGAGGGAUUCCAUCUUAUUCAUUGCAACCCUUUAUGUCUCCUGCUUCCUCUAACUCUGUUAUGUCUCAAUCAAUACUUACCACUCCAUCCAACUUCCCAUUUUCUGGACUUGUUAUCUGUGUCACUGGGCUUUCUAAAGAAGCUAGGAAGCAAGUGAUGGAAGCAACAGAGAGAUUAGGCGGUAAAUACAGCCCUCAUUUGCACCCUCAAUGUACCCAUCUGGUGGUUCAGAUAUCCUUUUGUUUCUGCAUUUUCUUUUUCCUUGAUCAUUAUUUUUCUGGACGAAAGUUUGAGCAUGCUUCGAAACAUGGUUUAAAAAAUGGUCUCCUUCUUGUUUCAUUGGCAUGGUUUGUGGAUAGCGUGAGAAGGAAUGUGAGGCUGAGUGAAUCCCUUUAUAGUGUUAAAGGUGUUGGACAAGGUGGUUUCGCUGUAGAUGAUAUCAGCAGGCAGCAUUCAUGUCUCCCUAUUGCAUUGCCUGAACAUAGCAAACUACCUGAAAUGAUUGAAGAGCCUUUAAUACAUGCUGAAAGAGAACCCAAGCGAAGAACUCUGUUUGGUCAUACCUUUUAUGUUGAUGCAGAUGUAUCUGAUGAGCUGCGUAGUAAGGUCAUCGAGUCUGCAGCAGCAGAAGGUGCUAGUUUGGUCAAUCAGUGGUUUGUUGGUUGCAGUGCGAGUCAUGUUGUCUGUGAAGGAAAUUCAAUUCGGAAAUACCUUGGCCAUUCCUCUAACAUUGUUACACCGCUCUGGGUUUUGAAGAGUGCGAAGGAAAAACGCCUGCAAAGGCUUGUUCAUAUGUCUGCUGAUUUGGCUAGGCAAACUGGAAUAUUACUUGAUAGCAUUCAGAAUACAAUUUCUACCAAGGAAGUCUACGGUGGUGCUUAUCUUCUAGAUGUAACAAGUUCUACACCUAGAGUGAGCCAGGAAGAAAGGCAAAAUGUUGCCAAUGUGGCCAAAGAGGGAGUUAGGAAGCGUCGUGGUUGGCGUAUGCAGACAUGUCAAAUCCCUCUGCGUCACCUAUCUCCAAGCAGCCUUCUGGAUUCCAUUUGCUGGUCGAUAUCUGAUCCAACUUCGACUGCUUCUAUUUACGUGGACUCUUCGAGUGUUGAAGACACAAACCAACAGAACACAUCUGCGUUUUUUGAUGCAAAGGAGGAUCACAAAGCAUCUGAAGCUUCAUUUGUAAACCUUUCCCGACUGCUUUCAGAAAGUGAGAAAACUGAGCUGAUAUUGAAAACCAACUUCCUUACCAUACUGUUUCCAGUUGAUCGAUUUUCCGAAAUGGGUCCAUGUUCCAGGACAUUUUUUAGUGAAAAAGGGUUCACAUGUUUACAGGUGUUGGAUUACAUAUAUGCAUUUUAUCAGGAAAACAUGUCCGGUGGAGAGGUAGAGGUAGCGAUUCACACAGAUUCAAGGAAUGCUGACCGACUAAGAUCAGUUUAUUGCAGUAAAGAGACUAGUGAGCGUGGUUGUGUAGAAUUCAAGCGAAUAGAAUUUCUUGGUAGCCGUAGAAGUUUUGAAAUGUUGAAGCGUGUUUCUGGUGAUAAUAACUGUAAUGUCUACGAAUUAUUGAUCAGAGCAUAAGUUCAUAGGAGGAUACAGAGUUGGAUGACAGUCUACUUUGGUUUCGAUUUGGCUGGUAACAUACAACUGGCCUUCCAAGUGCAGACUUGGAUGAUGAAGGCGGUAAGUGAACACUGAAGAAAAACUGUACAUAUUCAUCAUCAAAAGUCAUUUUUGCAAUGUGAUGUUUGUAUAUUUGUAAAGAAACAAAGGUAUACAUACUAACGGAUGUAUUUUGAUCCUUAGUCUUCUUCUUAUCUGAUAUUAUUUCGAGACAGUUUUCAGGACUACAACUCAAUGAUCACUAACAAGUUACACAUA